CCCCCACCCAGACAGCCUCGUCCCUCCUCACCGCCGGUGGAAGCCCAGUUGACCAGCGUCGCAACUAGGCGAUGCACCUUUCAAGCAGAGACUCUACCUUUUUGCGGCGGAUUUGACAGUCACAUCGCAGCCUGUAUCCUAACAUCCUAAUGACAUUUGGUUCUCAGUGCUUUCCUCAGCUUGCGUCAGUCUAAUUUUGAGGGGGGGGAAACAAUUCACAUGACAAGGUUUUCGGUUGCAUGAAAACUGACCACUCGCAACAGGUUUUUUCCACCGUCUUCAACGAUCCCUGUGGGAGGAUUUGCUUUCAACAUAGCCUACCUAUUGCCUUUUAUUUUGAAAGCAGUCAGACAACUGGUAACUUAAUCGAAGAUGGUACGAGAAACCCCGGACAAACUCUCUUGAUUUUGGUCAUUUGUGUCCUCAGUUUGUGUCUAUUGGAGGCUCGAAAGCAUCUUCAGACAGACUACAGGGACCAGAGGCGGCUGUUUCACCGUCAACAGGCUGUUGUAAGGUGGGCAGAAGCAUCUAGCAGCCAUGCUGUCAUUGGACGAGCCGCUGGACUUGAAGCUUCCCAAGGGACGGACACAUGGUCCAGUCAAAUUAGGAAAGAGGGCUUAUCCUUCCUCUAUCAGCGCCCCUCUCAGCACAACACGACCACGCCUGCUAUGCACGACCUUUCCGUCUCCCCCCUCCUCCCCAGAGUCCCAGUUUUCACCUCAAGAACGACCCGGGUCCUGCUUCAGUCCUCCAGCCAUGGACCUCAGCCUGUCCCCCUCCUCCCGCCAUGCUUCCUCCCUUUCCCCGUCUCCUUCCUCCCCCUCCUCCCCCUUCCCUUCCUCACCCCUGGAAUCCCCUCACUGCAGCAGCAGCCCUCAGCCACAUCUCUUCUCACGGGAACCAGCUCGUCAUCGAGGUCUGGAGGGUGGAGCUUCACCGCAGGGCUACCCAUUUUACCUGCCGAUUGGAAGCCCCCCGAGGGCAUACAGCUUUCCCUCCUCCAUGUUCAUCACUCAAAACAGAGACAAGCAGGUAUCACCAGAGCCCUCAUUGGACGGUCAGCUGGCCUGCCGUUGGAUGAAGUGCCAUCUGCUGUUCGACUCGCUUCAGGACCUGGUGGAUCACAUCAACGACUUUCACGUCAAGCCUGAAAAGGAUUGUGGGUACUGCUGCCAGUGGGAGGGCUGUGCCCGUAACGGCAGGGGCUUCAAUGCCAGGUAUAAAAUGCUGAUUCAUAUCCGGACACACACCAAUGAGAAGCCGCACCAUUGUCCCACCUGUAACAAGAGCUUCUCACGUCUGGAGAACUUGAAGAUACACACCCGUUCACACACAGGAGAAAAACCCUACAUCUGCCCUUAUGAAGGCUGCAGCAAACGUUACUCCAACUCUAGCGAUCGCUUCAAACACACCCGCACCCACUACGUUGACAAGCCUUACUACUGCAAGAUGGCAGGCUGCCUGAAACGCUACACAGAUCCCAGCUCGUUACGCAAGCACAUCAAGGCCCAUGGGCAUUUUGUUGCCCAGGAGCAAGGCGCUCCGAGCAGGAUGGGGGCUGGACUGGGCCUCCCUAGUCACCUAAGUGCUGUUGAACUGCCUACUUUAGGCAGGGCCCACAUCAUCAUCCCUGGGGCUGCGACAGCUCUUCUUGGGGGCCUGGGGACCUCUUUGCCUCUUUCUGCUUUCUGCCAUGCCAGAGCCAUGGGCCACCAUGGGGCAACACUCUUCUCCAUGGGUGGAGGAAGCAGCAUCGGGCCGCUCGGCCUCUCGGACUCUCCUCUGUUACACUUUGGACUUUCAGCUGCAUCGAUGUUGGGGCUGGGAGCUCUUAGGGGUCUGGGACGGGGGGUAGGGAAGGAGACAGAGGAGGAAGAGGAAGAGGAGGAAGGAGAGGAGGGGGAGGUGCUGAACCUGUCUGCAGAAGUGGGGCACAGACCAAAUGACCCUUUGUCCUGGCGGGUUGUUCCCCCUAAGGCAGUCCUCCUUAAACAAACUGUCGUCAGCUAGGAUGUGCACUCAGCAAUGUGUGUAGAACCAGGGAGUGUGUCCAGGUUUGCGUGUUCAGAACAUACAUGCAUGACUAGGAUGUGUGUGUGUGUGCGUGUGUGUGUGUUUGUGUGCGUGUGUGUGUGUGUGUGUGCGUGUGUGUGCGUGUGGGUGCACAUGUGAGGGAUCAAAGGACACUGUCACCUGCAGAGCCAUAAAAAGCACUUCAGCCAUUCCAGCGCAGAAACAACUGAAGAAAGACUGAAAUGUACACAAGUCAUUUGAGCGUACAAAUUCAUAACAAGACGUUAGAGUAUUGGGUUGCAAAAGUCUUAUACUUUAAAAAGGAUCAGUUCACCCAGAUUAAAAUGAGAAAAGAAAACAUACCCCUAGUGGUAUCCGUCAAGGCCAACAAGUGCAGAUAGAAUAUCCAUUCAUCACAUCCAAGACAUAACAUAAACGUACAAUGAGACUAUUUGCUUGCCUAACAUUCUCUCUGUGCUUCAAUGACUUUCAGAGAUACUGAAGGUUUAUGAGAUAAGAAAAACCUUUAUUUGUCCCACAUUGGGGACAUUUGAAUCUAAAAGGAUCAAAUCUGUUAAGCUGUCUUUUGUUGCAUAGUUGUCAUUGUCGUGAUUAGUCAUUUAAGUAGUUGGACAGAUAUUUGGGGACCUCAUUAGGAAAAACUGACAACAGCAUUAAAAAAGGAAAUUUGAAAAUUUCAACAGUAACUUUCUUUUCACAAGUUAUUUUGAUAACAUCCACAGGCAUCGCUGUGAAAACAUUUUGACAUAAGAUUUUGAAACAUCAUUUACAGCCACACAAUAAGCAGAGCCGGUCGGUUGCUGUACCUCUUUGGCAUGGACGGAAACAUUUCAACGGCUGUUUGAUGGAUUAGCAUGACAUGUUUUACCAACACAUUCUCACUCCCAUCGCGUCAAAAAGCGCAAUUGGUCAGGUGCCAUUGGGGUUUGUUAUUGAUUCAAAAAGUAUUAUUCAGGGUCAUGUUUAGAUGUGCUAGGCAGACACUUGGCGUCACUUUUUGACGCUCUGGGUCGGGACGUACUGUACGUUAAACUGACAAGCAGCCCAAGAAGAGGACAGUUUGGUUUUGGUUGAGAUCGUGGGUGGCGUUACAAAACGUACGACUCAAGGGACAUAAACGCCAAUCCACUGGGUAAAAGUCCUGUGUAGUUUGACCCAUCUACCAUCCCAUCCUGCCUCCUUACGCAGAUUUUCUGUCUUACUGCUUGCAUCCGUUGUCGCUCUUAAUACUGCGUCAUCUUACAGUGCCGCGGUCAAACUGCUGCUAUGCCCGGUGCGUUCCAUACAGAGGCUAAAGGGUUCUUUUGUGUCAGUAUCUGACGCUAAGAGCCAAUGACAAAGCAUCAGUAUUUAACGAGUCGGGGAGUGGGAACGGGUUGUUCAUUUAUAGCCAUGCAUGGUCACCAGAGGAUGAAUCUUACCAAUCUUUUUGACGCUUUGACAUUUCCUCUGGCACCAGUACUUUGGCCUAUGUCCAAGUACCCAAGUAGCCAUUACUUUGGCUUAUGUCCAUGUGUUUAGUGUUAAUAACAAAAUGUUGGCAUGCUGAACUAAGAUGCCAACAAGGUAAACAGCGUGUUUGAAUAAUAUUAGCCUGUCUUGUUGAGCCUUAGAAAUCCAAUUCUGUAUUUUUCAGAUGUUUUACAGGUGAAUAUCUCAAAACCUGCAAUGCAAAACCACAUGUGUCUGCAUAGCUUGAUACCAGGCAAGUGCAAAAAUAUGUGAGAAUUAGGUGAACUGACACUUUUAUAUACAUUGAUUCACCAAUCCCUUCCUGUUCAUCUACACAGUUAACAGUGGACAAUCACUUAGAUUUGAUUCACUAAACCAGGUCAGGAAAAGAGCAGAUGCACUACCCUUUUUGUAGUUUUAAUGUUUGACAACCCCCACUGACUGCAGACCCAUUUUCACUCUUACAUAAAAUGGGGGAAAGCAGGAUUGUGGGGAGCAACAAGAAAUACAGUCCAUACACGAUAACUCAAUGUAACGUUAGGAUCUACCAAUGUUACAUCCAUCUACAUGUUUUGAGUUUGAGUUUUUGCUAUUAAGGGGUUGCACUGCAAAAUAUGAUUUUUAAACAAUUCAACAGCGACUCCCAUGAACAGACUGCUGAAAGUAAAAACACAUUCUUGUGGUCAUUUUCAGAAUGUGUUUACGAGACGUGUUUUUGUUACAAAAUUGAUUUAAGGCGGUUUCGUAUUUGUCUCAGUCUUGUCAUUCAAAAAAGAUGGUUUCUCUGGAAGGUUUAUCAAGCACUGGCAACUUAUUGUCAUGUCUGUUUAUGUCAUGUCUUUUUAUUUACAUGAAUAAUAGCUCCCUUCUAAAACCUUCUGAGACCUAUAGCCACACAUCAUAAUAUAUGACGCAGUAAUCGUUACUGAUUAACUAGUCCUCGAGGGAUCUCAGUGGAGCUGCCAGCUGCUCUGUGGGUUGUGUUAACCCAGAGAAACACGAGGAUGUUUGAUGAAAUAUUAUAAUCCACACAAUGCUUUCUGUUUGACCAUGUGAUUUUUCAAGUCGCAAGAACAAAUUAAUCAACCGUUUUGACGCAACUGAAUGUAGGUUUGAGCCUAACUCCUUUUCUCGCCGUUUACUUUAGCUCAUUCCUUGCUCUCUUAUUCAUCGUAGACAAUGAUCUGGACAGGAUCAGCCAUGCCUUUUAGACAAGACCAACUGAGGAAAACAAGUAGGAACAAGGUAGACAAAGGUGUGUAUUAGGCAAUAAUGGGAACACAUUUGCUUUACAAAAGGGUACACAAGAAGAAACCAAACAAUGGUUUAAAAAGCUGUCUCCAGUAUUAUUUGAAUGGGAAAUGUUUGACAAUGGCCGAAUGUGGCCAGUAUGAUUUAUCUUGUAUACUUGUUUGCACAUUGAUUGAUCCUAAUCAACAGCAUUUCAAAAGGUGUCCCAAGUGCCUUGUGUUUCAUCUGAAAUAUACCAUACAAUAUAUGAAAAAUAUUUACACAGAUGUAAAAGUGUAUAAAUGUACUUUUCAUUACUUUUUAGAAAACUGAAAGUGAAUAACUUGACAACAGAUGUGAUUUGUACAUCAGGGCCACUUCAACACUCUCAGAGGACGUCACCAGUGUUGAUGUCUAUGACAAUGACUCAAUGUCAAUAAACA